AUGGCAACUACCUGGAGGUCUCACUUUAGCGGAUCAAAGAUCUGGUUCUAUGGACUGUUCUGGGGAUUGCAUAUCGUGGUCUUCGCAGUGGGGUGGUAUCUGCAAGCGACUAACCACAACCUCGAUGCGUUGAACACGUUGAGAUUUUCGGUCUGGAUCUCAAGGGGUGCAGGCUUGGUUCUUAGCUGUGAUGCAGCCGUUCUCCUGCUUCCUAUGUGCAGGAAUCUUCUCAAGACUGUGAGGCCACGAUUGCGGUGGCUACCACUGGACGAGACAACAUGGUUUCAUCGCCAAGUUGCUUACGCUCUCUUGAUAUUUACCAUCAUACAUACUGCCGCUCACUACGUCAACUUCUAUAAUGUCGAAAAAAAUCAUAUCCGCCCUACCACAGCAGUUCGGAUUCAUUUCACAGAGGCAGGAGGGAUAACAGGCCAUGUGAUGCUCUUGUGCAUGAUGCUGAUUUAUACCACCGCCCACCAGCGGAUACGACAGCAGUCUUUCGAAACAUUUUGGUAUACGCAUCACCUUUUUGUCCCUUUUUAUCUGGCUCUUUACACCCACGCCACCGGUUGCUUUGUCCGCGACACUGCGGACCCCAUCUCACCAUUUGCAGGAAAGAGAUUCUGGAACCAUUGUUUGGGAUACGAAGGAUGGAGAUGGGAGCUAGUCGGAGGGGCGGUCUACAUUUGCGAAAGGCUUUAUCGAGAGAUUCGGGCAAGGCGUGAAACUGUGAUCACCAAGGUGAUACGUCAUCCUUAUGAUGCCAUGGAAAUCCAGUUCUGCAAAGAGAGCAUGAAGUAUAAGGCCGGCCAAUGGCUUUUCAUCCAAGUCCCCGAAGUGUCCAGUAACCAAUGGCACCCAUUCACGAUCACCUCCUGUCCGUUCGAUCCCUAUAUCAGUGUGCACGUCCGCCAGGUUGGCGACUUCACCCGUGCCCUUGGAGACGCCCUAGGGUGCGGGCCUGCGCAGGCUAGAGAUCUGGAAGGCCUGGACCCUUUGGGGAUGUACGAGGUGGCUCUCCAGAAUGGCCAAAAGAUGCCAAAGUUGCGCGUCGAUGGACCCUACGGAGCUCCGGCUGAAGAUGUCUUCGAGAACGACAUUGCUGUGCUCAUCGGUACUGGCAUCGGCGUCACCCCGUGGGCCUCCAUCCUCAAAAGCAUCUGGCACUUACGCGCCCGGCCCAACCCACCCCGCCGUCUUCGCCGUGUCGAGUUCAUCUGGGUCUGCAAGGACACGUCGUCCUUCGAAUGGUUUCAAGCCUUGCUCUCUUCACUCGAGUCCCAAUCAGCAUCCACGGCAGCUUACGAAGGCAGCAUUGAGUUCUUGCGGAUCCACACGUAUCUAACGCAGCGUCUCGACGAUGAUACGACCGCGAACAUAUACCUCAAUUCAGUCGGCCAAGACCUUGACCCCCUCACGGAACUUCGGAGUCGAACGAACUUCGGUCGGCCUGACUUCAAGCGCCUGUUCAACGCUAUGCGUGAUGGUCUACAAGAUCAGAGUUACAUGUCCGGGCUGUACGAUAAUACUCCAACACAGGUUGGUGUUUACUUCUGCGGUCCGAAUGCCGCUGCACGACAGAUCCGAGAGGCGGCAUUGUCGACCUCGACAAAAGAUAUUAAGUUCAAGUUCUGGAAAGAACACUUCUAG